UCAAGGUUAUUUGCACCUGUUUUCCAUAAGGACAAUUCAUUACUUUUAACUAUAAAUUAAAGGCUCAAAACAUGUUUCACUUAUCCUUCCCUCGAAGUUUAAUCAUUUUCUUAAGGGAAAUAAUUUUCUUUCUUGUGUUUAAUUAUUUAUUUUCCUCAGAUCAUAACCUGGAAAUGGUUGUUUCAUUGAGAAGAAGAGAAUUUAACUUCUCAUCAGUGCCAAUGCCUUUCAGUAGCAGUCAGAAAUCACUUAAAGAUUCUCUUAUACACCAAGAAUCUCCUAGCUCAUCUAACAAAACUCCACAUGUAGUCAUUGUUAUGGAUGCACUUAGAGAGUUCAGUAUAGAACCACUUAUGUGGGCUCUUGAAAAUAUUACGGCUGCUGGUUAUACUGUAACUCUUCUCGGAUUCAUGCCAUGGCUUAAUAUUCCUUUGUCCUCAAAGACCCCAGAGGUAUGGGGAGUGGAGUUUGAAGAAUUAUCUAUGGUGCAAGCGACGAGUGAGUCAAUGAUCGAUCCCAAAUAUCUAAAGCUUCAAGCAGUGGUAGACCACUGCAAAAGAUUUGGGGUUAAGCUACAAAAGGAAGUGGUAAUGGGGUUCCCCUUGAGACUUAUGGUGGCUGAAAAAAUUUCUAGCCUUCAUGCCACAUGGGUUAUCUUUGACAGGCAUCAGAAAAAGGAUAGAGAAUUCUUUGCAAAAAGAAUUCCAUGUAACAUGGUUGUGAUGAAUGAAAAUGGAGAAGCAGACAUGAUUAGAGGGCAGCCGAUGAUUGAUAAUGGAGAGUUCACUCCAGGGGAAUCACCUGCUUCUUUGAUUCCCACUCCACAACUGGUGAUUUCUGAUGGAUUGAAAGAAAUUCUUAAUGAGUAGUUAUUUACAGAAUGUGAAGAUCUAGUCGAAAGGAGAUUCUGUUCCUUUUGAUUAGUUAUGGAUUAUUGAUAACAAAAGAAUGAGAAGACAAUGAAAGGACAAUGAAGAUGAUCCACAUAAUUUCUUGUUCGGCUGUGACCAUCACCCAACAUUUCUUUAUGUUUUUUUUUCUCUUUUCUCUUGUAAUAAGAUAAUCAAAAUCCUUGCAUUUCUAACUACUGUAGCUUGUGGAUUCAGGUUUAUUGUAAAGCUGAUUAUGGUUUGCUUUAUGGUAUAUGAAUUUCAAGCUUUUAUGGAGGAACAUGCACAUUAAAUGGAAAGAUUACAACAAAGAUAUCACUUGUAAGAACAGAGGCCACAAAAUGAAAUAAGAUUUUAGUUAUUCCUUCA